AAAAUACUGAGAAAACAGGUCUUCUCGCCGUCAUAUGCAUUUCUCUUUUACUUACGAUGUGGGAAUGUUUGCGUGUUGCUCUAAAUCACUCUUGUCUGCAAAUAUUUCAGAGCAGAAUGGACAAGGGUAUUUUUUGACAUGGUCAGGGCGUUUUGGGGCAAACACUUGGUGCACUCAAAAAUACACAAAUACUACGGGCGCUACCUCUACCCACUACCUGUGAUAUCGCCUAACAAAAUUUUUCAAUGUGUAGCGCCAAGCUAAACAUGACUAUAUAAAGUCACCAUCUUGGUCUGUGUUCUUUUCAAG